CUUCAAGCAGUUGGUAGUACAUUAAUACCCCUGCUGUCGAUUAUAUAAACCUCCUGGCAUGUCUUUCACCAACUGUGUGUUUAGUAACAACUUAUAAUUGUAGAAGACCUGUAUGUGCUUAUAACAUAAAGAAAAUGCUGAUUUACGAGGAAUCGUGGCUGUGGAUUGUGGUGGUGGGGUUCAUCAUCGCCUUUGUGCUGGCGUUCGGGGUCGGGGCCAAUGACGUGGCUAACUCAUUUGGGACGUCAGUAGGGGCCAAAGUGAUUACCGUAAGGCAGGCGUGCAUUCUGGGUUCCAUAUUUGAGAUGCUCGGAGCCAUUCUUGUUGGUUCCAAGGUUUCGGACACCAUACGCAAGGGCAUAAUUAGCCCUGAUAUUUACACAAACGGAACGGAGGACGUUUUCCUUGCAGGGAAUCUGGCCGCUUUAACAGGCUCAUGCAUUUGGAUGUUGGUGGCCACGUUUUUCAAACUUCCGGUGUCCAGCACACACAGCGUGGUAGGGGCCACAAUUGGCUUUUCCUUAGUUGUCAACGGCGUCAGGGGAAUCGGCUGGGGAAAACUGGGGCUGAUAGCCGCCUCGUGGUUCGUUUCACCUGUUCUGUCUGGAAUCGUCUCAUCUGCGUUAUUUAAACUAAUAGACAUCGUUGUCCUAAAAAAAGAGAAGCCCCUCGAGCCUGGAUUACGGUUACUCCCACUCUUCUAUGCCCUUACGAUCGCCGUGAAUUCCUUCUCCGUAUUUUACAAAGGCUCAGAGAUGCUGUACUUUGACAAGAUUCCCUUAUACGGGACGAUGAUUCUAACCUUUGGCUCGGCAAUUAUAACCGCCAUAUUUGUGGUUGUCAUUGUAGUGCCAAUCCAGAGGCGCAGGAUACUGAAAACAAUCGACAAGGAACUUAUUUUUGAAGAGGAAGCAUUGGCGGGAAAUAUUGACAAAGACUCCUUCCUCGUUAACGAAUUGAACAUGGAAAUUCGCCCCGAAUCAAUCGACAAUAGUAAAGAAUCUGACGACAAAGCGGAUGACCUUGAAAAAGCCUUGACACAAGGUGACGGCAAAAAGGUAGAUGAAGAGAAAAAGGAUGACAGUUCAGAUAAGGAUUUUAUUGACGCCCAGGCAUCGAGGCGAUCUGCUCGGGAAAAAAUACAAGAUAAACCAGAAGUGGCCAGGCUAUUCACUUUCCUGCAAGUGUUGACGGCUAUUUUCGGAUCAUUUGCUCAUGGCGGAAAUGACGUCAGCAAUGCUAUUGGACCCCUGAUAGCCCUAUGGAUCACGGCCACCACCGGAAGUGCGGCCCAGAAGGCGCCAGUGCCCAUCUGGGUCCUGUGUUACGGGGGCGUGGGUAUAUCGGUGGGGAUCUGGGUGUGGGGACGCAGGGUCAUGAAAACCAUAGGAGAGAAUCUCUCCAAGAUAACGCCUUCAAGUGGGUUUUGCAUUGAAGUUGGCAGCGCUCUCACUGUGCUCGUCGCCUCGAAUCUGGGCGUCCCCAUUAGCACAACGCAUUGCAAAGUCGGGUCAGUGGUGUUCGUGGGUCGAGUCAGGUCCAAUAACUCUGUCGACUGGAAAUUGUUCAAGAACAUCGUGCUAGCGUGGAUUGUAACCGUGCCCGCGUCUGUUCUCCUGAGCGCGCUUUCGAUGUUUGGGUUGCAUGAGAUAGUGAAAGCCACGCGCUAGCAACUGGACAUUUGACAAAUUGACACACUUUCAGAACUGUGGUCCAAGUAGACAAUCAUGAUGGUUUAUAUAUGCUAAAGUAUUGAAUGAAAGCAGAAAAUCAGGCGUACAUUUUAAUAUUAUACAAAUUCUUGAAACAAGACAUUUAAAGGGAUCUUUUCACGCUUUGGUAAAUUGACAAAAUUGAAAAAAGUUGUUUCAAAAUCGCAAAUUUUCGUUUUAGUUAUGAUAAUUGUGAGGAAACAGUAAUACUGAACAUUUAUCAUGGUCUAAUAUAGCCAUUAUAUGCAUCUUUUGACGAUUUUAAAACCUAAAAAUUAUAAAGCGUUGCAACGCGAAACGAUUGAAUAAUUUGGAGAGUUCUGUUUUUGUCGUUAAAUUUUGUGAAACUACGAAGAUUGCUUAUAUAAGGUAUUAAAUACGACUAGUACGUGUACUCGGCGGAAUAGCUCAGUCGGCUAGAGCGUUUUUACUUCAGGAUUCUGGCAGGUCUCCAGGGGUCACUGGUUCGAAACCUGUUCCGGGCAAUGUUCUUUUCCUUUUUUUAAUUUUAUUCUUGAUUUUUUACUGGAGCUUUUACGAUCCAAUGUUUACAUUAAUCGAUAUAAAGCAUUUAAUGAAUAAGUUAAAAAAUGCCAAAAUCUGUGAAAAGGCCCCUUUAAAGGCUAAAUUUACAUAUUAAUUCGACCCAUUCCUGGGAUCAAUUUACUCAUGCAUGCAUUUGUCCUGUAGUAAACCUGUAUCAGCUGCGGUUAGUACACAGCUAAGAUUGAAUCAGUGCGCUCAACAAUUCCUUAGUCUGCAGAGAGAAAAUAUAACGGAUAAGGAUGUGGGAUUUUAUGGUGGACCAUACAAGACACUCCAUUGAAAGUACUCAUAUUCCUUGAGCUAGAAUUAUUAUUUAGUCACUAGAAGUUUAAAAUUAUGAUUGUUAUUGAACAUUCAUAGUUAUUCAAUACACCGCAUGAAAUGGCUUAUAUUGUACUAUUUUUACAGCAUUUAACAUGCAUUAAUUAUCAUUUUCUGAUAAUCUGUCUGUGUUUUCAAUUGAAUACAAAUGAGCCGUGCUCAGGGGAAAAAAAAAAAGAGUAUUCAUGCAUGUGCGUUAAGUGUCAUCUCAGAUUAGCCUGUGCAGUCAACACAGGCUAAUCAGGGACGACAGCAGUCCACACAGGCUAAACAGGGACGACAGCAGUCCACACAGGCUAAUCAGGGACGAUACCUUUCGUAUAAUUUACUAUUUAUGGGAUUUCUUUCUUUUUAAGUACGGUAUGUCACUUCUAAGCGAAAAAUCAGUCUAGACAGAAACUAUCGUGUUUUAUUAGAAUGUAUGGACUGCACAGGCUAAUCUGGCACAACACUAUACGCACCCCAUGUAUAGCAAAUCACUUUUCUUAUUAAACAAGGGCUUGCAUACUCCAUGUUGUCUUCAAUAACCCUUGACCACACUAAAGUCAGUUUCCAGGGUAAAACCGUGUUUAUUGCGCCUUGCAGAAGAUAAUACAUUAUGAGAAUAUGGUCAUUCACAAGAUGGAUGAACAGAAGGCACAAUAAGAAGUGUAAUUUUAUUUAUUUCUGAAGAAACAAAACACAAUGCAAUAAAUAUAACCAUAACAAGAUGCUGCAUUCCAUGAACACAUUAUCAGUCUGUGAAGAUUGUUUAUUAAUUUACUUACAUGUAUUUGUAUGUAAACAAGCCUCUAAAAGUCUUAGAAUGUGUUUGUUUAUUGAUUCAGGAGCGAGGAAUCUGUGAAUGUUGUUGCUUACAGUCCCAAUAUGCUUCCAGAGGAAGCCUUGUCAGUAUUGAUUAAUUGGCCCGUUUUUUAUUAACUCUUUCCCCCAUAUGGAGCAAAGUGAAAUGGCUUUUGCAAACAGCAUAAAACAUGACCAGCCUGCAAGUAUCACUUGACUGGUCUUUAAUAUGGUGAAUCACUUGACUGGUCUUUUACAUAGAGAAUAACUUGACUGGUCUUUAAUAUGGUGAAUCACUUGACUGGUCUUUAACAUGGAGAAUCACU